AGGCUGUGGAGCAGCGGUGAGUGUGCGGUUGUAUAAUCCCUGUCAGUCCUGCCCCUGGCCGAGGUUCAGUUUCAGUUUGAGGAAUGCCUCUCCUGCCUUGUUGCCGUGCAGGUCCCGUGUGCACGCGUACUCCCCGCCCCGCGCACUGCUCGCGGAGAGUUGCAGAGUCAUGUCGGUGCACAAAUUCCUCCCCAGACUUUGGAUCUGUGCCCGCGGCGACGCAGAGCAGCAGCGAGGCUCGCAGCUCGCCACAUUUCGCCUUUUAACGUGAAGACGAGACGCGUCUGGAGAAGCUUUUUUCCCCCCCUCCCCGCGGAGACUCGAUCGCUGCGCGUCUGGAAACAAAUCAACAACAACAACAACAAAAAGUCGUGCGUAAAACUUCGCCCCCACCCCACCCGCCGGAGUGAUCGGUGCGGACUCGUGACAGCUGCGGGUUCAGGAUAAACGUCACAAACAGAUAAGGCCGGAGAGAUUCCCCGCCAGGACACGUCGGAUUGUGCAGUUUCACACAUCUGCCGGCCCCUUACUGCUUUCCUGUGGAGCACUGAACUGCAGAGGAACUGUCGGAAUUGAUCUGCUUUCAAAACCCUGAAACUUGUAAAAAUGUGGACCAUCGGCGAUGUAACGAUCAUGGCUUAGGAAACUGUCUGACGCCCUAAUUCAGAGGCUGUCAGUCAUGUUGGAGCCCGGAUCUGCGGGUGACAGAACAGUCUGCAAGUUUGUUGACACGCCGUGUUCACAUUGGGAAGCGUACGAGCUGAACGUAUCUCAUGUGGAGACCGACUUCUUCUCUGGACUGCUUGCUCUGCCCACUGACUGUAGCUGGGUUCAACAAUGGAUUAUGACAUUAAACUGCUCACAACCCUAAUGCGUUGGGGAAAUUAAUGGACAUUUGUGGUGAAUCCCGUACAAAAUGGAGGAACUCAGGACAUCUGCUAGCUGGAGCAAGACCAAAUGAAUUUUCUCCGUUGAAAAUCAGACCCAAAUGGGAUAAGAGCUAAAAACUUGAACUUGUAAAAGACUGUAAGACUGAAUUCGGAAAAGAAUCUGGAGCGCUCUCUCCCAGAAUGCAUUGUCCAUUGAGGAAGAAACGUCCCACAUGCGACUCUGAUUUCUCGGCUAUCGUGGUCCCGUCCAUGCACGGGUCCGGCUGUCUGGACUACUCGGUGGAGACUCACGCUUCCAGAUCCCUCAAGGCGAUGGAGGAGUUCAGGCGGCAGGAGAUGCUGUGUGACCUGGUGCUGCAUGUGUCGCACAAGGACAGGACGGUGGACUUCAAGGUGCAUAAGGUGGUCCUGGCCUCCUGUAGCCCCUACUUCAGAGCCAUGUUCACCAGCAGCUUCAUGGAGUGUUGCGCCCCGGAGGUCACCCUGCGAGACGUCUGCCCCCAGGUGGUGGGAAAACUUAUAGACUUCGCCUACACCUCCCACAUCACGGUGGGAGAGAAGUAUGUGCUGCACCUGCUCCUGGGUGCUAUGAGGUAUCAGGUGGAGGACGUGGCCAAGGCGUGCUGCGACUUCCUCACCAAGCACCUGGAGCCGGCUAACGUCAUCGGCAUCGCCCGCUUCGCCGAGGAGAUCGGCUGCACAGAGCUGCACCAGCGGAGUCGAGAGUACAUCAACACGCACUUCAGCGAGGUGACCAAAGAAGAUGAGUUCUUCAGCCUGUCUCACUGCCAGCUGCUGGAGCUCAUCAGUCAGGACAGUCUGAAGGUGCUCUGUGAGUCCGAGGUGUACAAGGCCUGCACAGACUGGGUCCGCUGGGACAUGGAGGGCCGAGCCCAGUACCUACACGCCCUCCUGAACGCCGUCCAUAUCUACGCCCUCCCUCCGAAGUUCCUGAAGAACCAGCUGCUGUCCUGCCCCAUCCUCCUCAAGGCCAAUUCCUGUAAGGACUUCCUGUCUAAAAUCUUCCAGGAUAUGACUUUGAGGAAGUUGCCCCCUGCGCCCAACCGCGGAAAUCAGCUCAUCUACGUGGCCGGCGGAUACAAGCAGCAUUCCCUGGCUGCCAUGGAGGCCUACGAUCCCAGGAGGAACUGCUGGCUCAAACUGGCUGACAUGGCGUCUCCGUGCAGCGGUCUGGGCGCCUGCGCGCUGUUCGGGCUGCUCUACACUGUCGGAGGGAGGAACCUGUCGCCUCAGAACAACACGGAGUCCAGCGCCCUGAGCUGCUACAACCCGAUGACCAACCAGUGGAGCCAGCGGGCCUCGCUCAACAUCCCCAGGAACCGGGUCGGGGUGGCCGUGGUGGACGGCUGCAUCUACGCCGUCGGCGGCUCGCAGGGCUCCACGCAUCACAACACGGUGGAGAAGUGGGAUCCGGAGUCUAAUCGCUGGUCCUUUGUUUGCCCAAUGUCGGUCCCCCGUCUGGGUGCUGGAGUGGCGGCGUGCGGCGGCGCUCUGUACGUGGCGGGCGGGUAUGACGGGCAGAACCGCUGGAACACUGCUGAGAAAUACCAGCCCGACACAAACACGUGGCAUCAGCUGGCGCCCAUGAACACCAUACGCAGUGGACUGGGAUUGGUGAGUAUGAACUCGUACCUGUACGCCAUUGGAGGUUAUGAUGGGCGGAGCCAGCUGUGUUCUGUGGAGCGUUACAAUAUAUCCAGGAACCUGUGGGAGCCCCGGGCCGCCAUGCAGAACUGUCGCAGCGCACACGGAGCCACGGUGUACCAGGGACGCAUCUACAUCUUCGGAGGUUUUAACCAGCACGGCUUCCUGGCCAGCGUCGAGUGUUACUGCCCAGAGAGAAAUGAAUGGACGUGCGUCACCGACAUGCCCGUCGGACGCAGCGGCAUGGGCGUCGCUGUUACCAUGGAGCCCUGUCCCGGCAGCCUGCCAGAACAAGAGGACGAGGACGGAGCCACGUAGGACAAGGAGCUUAAAAAAUCUGUUCCAGUCUCCCAAGUGUUGAAUACGGUUCCAAGUGGUGCUGCUUUUCAAGAGAAGGUUAAGUGCAUUAAAUUAAAAGAAACAUUCCAAUUUCACAAACUCCUCGUCCUAAUGGAGCUCGUUUUGUGCCGCAGCCGUGGAGGAAGAAUCAUAUUUCUGCCAAAGGGGGAGCAGAAAAAAAACUGGUAGCAUGAAGGUGACCUCGCAAAGCACAAGGUGCUACGAAUACAAUCUCAAAACGAUGGUGUUAUUUAAUUAAAUAAUGUUAUUCCACAGCUGUUUUGAAUCUCUCAGUGUUCAGUUGUUAUUUGUAAAAUUGAGUUUGAAUGUCUAAUUCCUCUCUUUGUGUUGUAUCUCUACCUCUGACUGUGUCUAAAUGAGCACUUUUCUUAAAUGUGUUUCCUUUAUUUUGUGCCAGCAUACGGUAGUUUCAUCCAAAAAACUGCCGCAUGGUGUAUGAAAAUUUCUUGAUUUUUGUUUUUGUCCAUUCACUUUAUUUUAUGUCGUGUUUCUAAAGAUGCAGUUAAUCAAGUGUGUGAAUAAUAAAUAUUUUAUUUCUUCACCAAA